GAUACAGGCACCCAACCUUUGAUCCUGGCUAAAAUACCGAGAAAGACUCAAUUUGAGGUGAGUUCAGCAUUCAUCAAGAGCAAAAAUCAAAAGUAGUUGCUAUGACCGCGGCAGGGCUCGAACCUGCGACCUUCUCGGGAUCUUGUGCACAUGGAUGUGAACGAGAAAUCAUGACCACUAGAACACACAGCCGGUGAUUGAGAAAAGUCGAGAACGUUGAGGGCUAAGAAACGUCAGCAGGAAAAGACUCCACUGACCCCGCCAAACCACACCCCACCAUAUCAUCACGACCCUCCUCAGACGAAACCAGUCACCUCCGCCAGCAAUGACGCCCACCUCGAAGCCGACGAGAGAGCCUUUCCGUGUUUUGGCCUUCAGCAAGACCUCUGGCUAUCGACACGAUUGCAUUUCAGCUGCUGUCUCUGCCGUGAAGGCCCUUGGCGAGCGCACGGGGCUCUUCACCGUCGACGCCAGCGAAGACGCCGAAGCCUAUAUCAAUCCUCAAUCCCUAGCAACGUACGCGACCGUCGUGUUCCUUCAUUGCACGGGUGCAUUCCUCAAUGUCGAACAACUCUCGGCUUUGAAGGGCCACGUGAACUCGGGCGGUGGAUUCGUAGGGGUGCAUGCCGCCGCGUCGGGAUUGAGGGAGGAUGAGUGGUAUGGCAAGCUCGUCGGCGCGCAUUUUGACCAGCACCCACCGCCCGAGGAGGGCACUUGUGUGAUUGAAGAUCCGGGGCAUUUCAUAAUGCGUCGUGGAGGCGGAAACCAUUUGGCGGAGGCGUGCAAGGACGUUCGGAAACAGUGGACGGACGAGUGGUACAACUUCCUGUCGCAUCCCAGGGACAAUGAUAACCUCCAUAUCCUGGCUCGGGGCGACCCGACAAGCUUCAAUGGCGGUUCCAUGGGGGACGAUCACCCACUUGUGUGGUGUCAAGAGUUCGACGGUGGAAGAUCGUUCUAUACGGCCCUGGGCCACUAUGAACAGGCGUACGAGGAUAAAUGGUUUGUUGGACAGAUCCUCAGGGCCAUUCUCUGGACUGCUCGUCGUGAAGACGAAGUGAUCCCCAACGUAUGAUGUCCUAGAGAUGAGACGGAGGAGACACGCUUGGCACUGUUUGUCAUGAAUCAGUAAACAUUACGGAUACAGGGC